GUUGGGGGAAUGACACACUGGAGCACUUCCGACUUUCAUCAAAACAAGUAGAUGGUAGCUGCUUUUGUUGUGAGCCGAACGCGAUAAAAAUGAUGGCAAGCAGGCGAUAAUGAAUACAGAAGUUGUAGAGAGUUUCUGAUCACUAUGGCUGGAACACUGGAUCAAAUUACCCUGGAGAUGGGAAGACAGCUGGAGUCCCUGGAUUGGUUUCAUCCUGGUGUUGAUAGACACACAGCAGAAAGUUUAUUGCUACAGAACGGAGUGGAUGGAACAUAUAUGCUCCGACCAAGUUCCAAAGUUGGGGAGUAUGCAUUGUCAGUCAGGUGUGAUAAGUCUGUCAAACAUUUCAAUCUGUCGGUCGAGGGAACUGACUUCAAGUUUGGACAUGGUGAAUUUCACAGUAUGAGUGAACUUAUCAAUCAUUUUGCCAAUAAACCUUUAAUAGGUGCUGAUUCAGGACAAUUGACACUGUUGAAUUACCCAUAUCCACGUAACAUUGAGGAGCCAAAUAUGUACGACACAAUAAGAGUCCAUGCUGAAUUUAGCACAGCAGAUGACUUUUCCAGAGGUCCAGAAUUUGCGAUUAACUCAAAAGAGGGUUUUCUCACAAAACUUGGAGCAAGGUUCAAGACUUGGCAUACAAGAUGGUUUGUACUACAGAAGUAUGAACUUCGGUAUUACAAAAAGAAAGAAGAUACUCGAGCUAUCCGAGCCAUGGACCUCCGAGAAUGUGAGGAAUGUAAAAGAGAUUACACUAACAAAGGCAAAUUCAAUGUUUUCAGGGUCGUUUUUAAGUGGAGAACAUUUUACAUGUACUCCACUACAGAGCAAGAAUGCAAUGACUGGAUCAAACUCAUCAACUGGAAGUUGAAAAAUACUCCAAGAAGACCAUGAUUUUUGCUGAGCUUGUGAGAAAUACUGUAUGUUCUAAUUAGUGGUUAUGAGUGCAAUCAAAGAGAAAGCGACUUCCAUUUUAGAAAGUGUGACACAGUAAGUUUGGGAUUAUUCCAGACUUUCUGAUAAGCUUGAUGUGUGUCACAUGAUCUUCCAUUCAUCACUGCUGAUCAGUAGUCUGUGCAUCAGAAAGUAUUUAAGCAUUCAUCUUUAUCCAACACAAUAAACAUUUCUCAUGUUGUGUUCAUUUAGUUCAACAGAAAAAGGAAGAUUUCAAGAAUUUGGUUACUGACAUUAUUCAAGAAUUCCCUGUACAUCAAAUGACAUACAAGAACAGGAUCAUCCUAUAAUGUGCUUCAAAGGUAGCAGCACAUCAACAACGUUCUUCAGGAAUUUUGAUUUCAACAAAAAAUAUCCUUCAACAAUGUGCUGUCCAUUAAGCAAAGUGCAUGCUUCAGUAAUUUACCAGAUCAGAAAAUAGCAUGCUUCAAAAAUGAUGUAUUCAUCAAACUUAUGUUGUUCAUUAAAACAGUCUGCUUCAAGAAUGCAAGAUGUUUAUAGAGAGCAAAAAUAGUUGAGGUGUGCUUCGAAGAUUUUUGAUAUUUGGUUAUAUUUGAUUGAUUGUAGGCUACCUGUGAUGCAUUGUAUCACAUGUUAUUUAUCAUAAUGUAUGUGUUGUGUGUGAAAUUUUCAUGAAAUGUCCAGUAAUUCAAAGUGCAAUUCCCUGGCUUUAAUACAAGUUUAUAUACACUGAUAUUGCUUUUCCCGCAAUGCUGUUUUUUCUGUACUUUAAAAUUUUCUCAAAAUUUUCUCAAACUUGUCUUGAAUCCCACCUCCUGUUCACACUUUUGAUGUAAUAAUCAAAUAUGUAUAGUGUCUAAAAUUCAAACCUGUAUGAAAGUCUGUUACUUGCAUAUAUAUUCAAUAUACUUUUUAAAGUUAAUGGGUUUUUGCUACCCUUUUUUAACUGAAAUAUUGGCAUAAUUCUUGAAAUGUUUGCAGUUUUUGCUUUACAGUAUUGUUCACACACACUUUAUAUCAGCAUUAAUUGUUAUGAUUGAAACACUAUUGUUUUGCUAUGAACUUGUUUAUAUUGAUAAGGUAUAGUUCCUUGUAUUUGAGUUUACACCUUGGUACACCUCAUAUUUUAAUGCCAACACCUUCAGAAAACAUACAUCAUUUACUGAUAGCUCUAAGGGAGAGGUCUCUCAAAAAGUGAAUAAGUCAAAUUUCAGGAUGAUAAUAACUUUGUUAUAUUUUGCAAUUGUGGCUUGUUUGCUAUUUCAGUUAUAAGCUCUAAAUUCUGUUUUUAAUUAAUUAUCAAUAAAUAUAAAGUUAUUAUAUAUAGAAAUAAUUUCAAAUGUCCUUAAAUAGAGGGGGUUCCAUAUAACACAAUUAUCAAAUUAGAAUAUUGAUAAAUCUCUCAUCUCUACACCUAUCAGGAUGAUGAAGAAAAUAUCAUUCCAAGGAAUAAAUCCCUUCAGUGUGAUACUGCCUAGUACAUUGUAUUCAGCCAACUGGAGACCUAUCUAUCAAAAUGAUUAAUGUGUACUCUAACAGGGCAUAUUUUGCAGAAAUGUUAUUUUUCACAGCUUGAUGAAUUGUAUAGCACGACACUAGAUGUUGAUAUUAUGACAACACAAUAUCUACCAUAAACUCUCAAAACAUUAAUUCACAGGUUAUGAACUUAAACUUUUUGGUGCACUUUUAAAACACAAAAUAUCAUGCAAAUGUAUUCUGAUCUCAAGUUAUCUUACACAAUUAUAGCCUUUUGAUAAGGUGAGUACAGGUUUUAUUGACUUGAGAUAAAGAAUAUUAACCGAGGACAAUGUCUGAGGUUGAUAUUUUUCCUUGGAUUAAUAAAACCAUGUAUCAAAAUCAAAAAGCUAUUAUAAUAAUAGUUUUAUCAUAAAAAGUUAAUUCAUGAAUGUUAGUGAAUGCAAGUAAAUGUUCAAGAAGGAGACUACAAAUAUAAAAAUAUUUACUGUUAAAAAGCGACUACAAAUGAAAAAUAAACCUUUUAAACACAACACGCUUCAAACAGUAUAACUAUAUCAAAAGUACAUUUGAUGUAUUAGUUUAUAGAUAAGGUAAUCCUUUUAAAAGUUUCAGACACAGGUUGUCAUAAGUUGUCUCUUUUGGAUUAUGCCCUAGUUGACACUGGAACAAUGCCAAGGGGACAAUGCCUAAGGGAAGUAAUUCAUACCCAGGAAUCUAUUUUUGGAAACACCCAGUCAAUUAGCUUUUCAAUUGACUUAUUUGGAAGAGAGGUUGAUAUUUUUUUUAACAGGGAGUCAUAUGACCUUAUUUCAACCAAUCAAAAUUUGUUAAAUAUUGUCAUUUUAUAAAUCAUCAUGAAAAUAUUUAUAUAAAGAUCAUGACAUUAAAGUCAUAUCAAGCCACAACUGUAGAAAAUUCAGCUGCCCUAAAUAGUGUAGCAGUUGUUUUGGUUUAUAUUUUGAUCUGUUCUCUCUCUUUGUUCAUUUAUUAUACUUGAUUACAGAAAUAUCUGUAAAAAGAGUAGAAAGUUAUGAAGAAGAAAUAUAUUUGAUUAUUUUUUGUAGUGAACUAGAGAAUGUUUUGUUGAAGUAUUAGUAGAUUUUAUUAUGUUUCCAUGGAACACUUUUAUUCAUUCCCCUCAUCAUCUGAUGAUCUUAAAAUGAUUUUGUUUGCUCAAUAUUUUGUUCGAAGUCUUGCGUACAUGUGUACUGUGAGCAUGUGAAAAUGUUUAUUUGAUAGAACUAGAUACAAAUUAAAUCAUUAAAUCAGGUUUUGCAGGUGAAUUAAUUUAAUGCGAAAUUUGAAAAUGAUAAUGUUGACAACAUACGAUAUUUAUCACCAUUUAUGAAAAUUUCACAAUCCAUCCUUUGUUGAACAUUAGAUUAUUUCCCCUAGUAAAAAAUUGUAUUUUCAAGUGAAUUUAUUUUAACUUUCCAGAAUAUAAUAUUUCACAGUUAUAUUUAUAAAUAAAUAUAUUAUACUUACAUAACAUUCAAUGUCUGUCAUCAAAUGUAUUACAACAGAAAAAUGCUAAGAAAUAAUAUGAUUUAGUUGUUUUUUUCUCUCUAAACUAGACCAAAGCUUGCUCAUUGGGAAAGGGCAAUCACACAUGAGUACCGAGUUAUUAUAAUGUCUCGGUUUAUACAUGGGACCUGUUUUGUUUACAUUUUAUAUUAGACCUUUCACAGUGGUUUUUUUGAGCUUUAGAAAUAUGUACAUCUUUUUGUUGUAUUGAUGUGAAUUUUACACUAUUUUUAGUAGAAAAUAUAUACAUUCUACUACAUCUUAAGUUUAUUAUGUGUUUAAAUAUCUGUUUUUCGUCACAGACAGAAAUGUGUGCCAAAAAUGUACAACUUUGUACUAGUGUAUCUUAAUGUAUCAUUUAUCAGUUUUAGUCAUUUUGUAAGUACUAAUUUAUUCAUUCAAUUACAUAUUUUUAAUCUUCUUUUGGUGCAUAAUUGUAUACUUGUACCAAGUAUAAACACAAAAUAAGCAUACUGUGGAACCAUAUUAGUUUCCACUAUUAAAAUAUCAUUUUGGAAAAGUAUGGAUAGCUGAAGAAACUGGUAGAAAAAAACUCUAAUCAGGUACUGUAUAAAUCAAGUACUGUAAUUCUAAAUUUUAUUGGAGUAUAUCAGAUUACAAAUACAGUGUAAUGAACUGUUAAUAAUAUAUUUAUUGUUAUUCCUGUGGGUUGAUAAAUUCAAUUUAUUUUUGGUUCUGUUUAUGGAUGUCUCGUAAAAUAUUGAUAAAUCUGUGCAAUUAUUUUUAAGUACCAGUUAAAGUUUAUCUUAUACAGUUUGUGUGUAAGAAGGUAGUAUUGCGUUUACUGUGUAUCAAGGCUAAAGGAUAAUUUAAAGCUAGUGCAUUACAGAGAUAUAUUGACCUGCUAUUUAUUGAUACAGGGGACAAUAGAUAUAACCAUGAAUCUGCUCUAACAAUUAUAUAUGCAUAUUAACAGUAUGAAUCCAUUUAAAAUUUAAAAGAAUUUAAACAAAAAUAUACAUUAGUUCAGUACUAUCAGGUGUUGAAAGUAUUAAAAGUUGUAAGGUCAACUUAUUUUGGUGUGACUAUUUGUACAAGUUUUUUAGUGGAAAAAAGUGUUGGCUCAUAAAAUCAAAAAUGUUUGAAAUGCAGAUAUUUUUGUUGAAUGAUGCGUCAGUCCUAUCUCCGUAAUGCUUUUGUUUCCUGCUAUGUGCUGUGGUCCUGUUUUUGUGCUUUUUUUUAUUUCAAAAUUUAUCUCGAAGACAAAAAUCUCUAUCUUAUGAAACAAUAUAUCAAAAGAUGUUUUGAUGUUUGAUAUUCAUCCUGUAUAUGAUGCAAUGUCCCAUAGCUUUUAUUCCCUUUGUAAAUUCUCACCUAAAUGCAGUAAUGCCAUAUUACUUUGUAAACUAUGUAUAAAUGUAAUAUUCUAAGAUGUUGUGUUUGGCUAUAACUCGUAGACAAUGCAUGUGUAUUUGAUCCAGAUCUCCAGUGCUUGUGAAAUGCAAGUUUAACUUCUGUGAAUUUUUUUAGGUUCAUUUGUUUGAACAAUUAGAUCUGUUUAUAAGAAGAUCAGUUUAGGACUCAGGAUUAUGUACAUGAAAUUUCAAUAUGACCAGAAACUUAAAAGUAGGAUAUAUCAUUUAAAGUAAAUCAAAAAAAAAUUCUUGUUAGUAGUUUGAGGUUUUUACUUGUUGAAAAUUGAACUAGUUCAAAUGAAUGUACCUAUUUAAAUCAUUUAAUAUACUUGUUCUAAAUUAAUUAAUGGUAGGUAGUAAGAAAGUGAGGAAUGGUAAAAUUAUGUGCCUUUUUGUUAUGAAAGAUAAUUAGGGAUUCUUAAUUCUCUUGACAAAUUCACGUCAUAAUUUUGUUUGAUUUAUUUCAUGUAUUGCCAGAAAUAAUGAUUAUAAGAUGAACAUUUCUUUCAUGUUCAGUAAAUUAAGUUUAUAAGCCAGUUGACUAAAAGGUCUUGUGUCUGGUGUUUCAGCCCAAGGAAACACUAGGUUAUGAAAUGGAAUGAAAACAUAACCCUCACCUUAACAAACUGUGUUGUUACACAGAUACAGAAGGGUCACAGGGGUUAACAUCCUGCUUAGAGAUUCAAAACAUUCCUACAGUGUCAUGUAGAUUUCUUUUUGACAUCCUCUUUGUCAUGUAACAGUUCUAGUCUUUAUUUGAUGUCUGAUAAUUUUGAUAGAUUCUAGUUAUCUCCCUUGUUUUGUGUUCUCGUGAUUUGACAUAUGAUUUAUAUUACCUAUGUUAGGAUUUUCCAGUUUUUCAUUGAAAAUGAUCCUGAUUACUCAGCUCUUUAUAAACUGUUUGACUGAUGACAAUACAGUGGUAAACUAGACAAAUCUGAUAUACAUCUUUUGAUAGAGUAAUGCAGAUAGGAAUUACCACUCCACCUACAUAUUGCAUCUUCAACUUGUUUAUCUUGACUACUUAAAGGUAUUUGAUACUUCAUGAUUACUUGGGUGUUACUAUUUCUGAUUAUAUCCUACCCGUAGUGAUAUACUUAUGUUUGGAACUCUUUUGUGAGUUGGGAGUUAAUUUUAUAAAUACAAGAAGCCAUUGAUGUGAUUACUUAUGUGAAACUUAGUCCAAAGUAACAAGACUGAGUCACUUUGACUAAAAAAAAAGCGAUUCUAGGAAAAUACAAAUACAUUAUUAAAUCGUAUGGUUGAUAGGAGUCUGUUGUAUACUGGUACAUUAUUGAAUCGUAUGGUUGAUAUGAAUCUGUUUUGUACUGGUACAUAUUGAUUCUUGUGCUGAUCUACACAGCAUGAAUCCUGUAAUAAGCUAGGACCUAUCAGUUGAUGUGGUGCGAUGAGUAGGUAUAUCCUAAGUCAAUUUUCUGCUGAACAGAUAGGUGGGCUUAUCAGCAGACAGAUACUAUAUGUUUGAUUAAUUAUGAUAUUACUAAACAUGAUAGCUAACACUGCCAGUUAUUGUUAUAUGACAACUACUGACCACUUUUAACUAUUAAAUUAGCAUAUUCUUGUUACACUGGCUUUUAAAUUAGCAACAAUUAUAUUACAUAAUAUUAUGUUUAUUGAUCAUAUGUAUUACAUAAUAUUAUGUGUAUUCAUCAUACAUAUUACACAUGUAUGUGCAUGUCAAUGUUUUAAUAUUAUCUGGAAUCAUAUAAUAAACAUUUAUCAAAGUAGAAAUAUAAAUGUAGUUUAAAUCAAUAAUCUGAUUUUUGAAAAAAAAAGUUAAGACCAUGAGACGAUGCCUUUCAUUGGUAAAAGUAAAGUUUAAUUUAACUGUUUUGUUGUUUUAUAGAGCAAACUAUAAUUAGCUUAUCACUAUAAUCUAAAUAUAAUUACGAUAAAUAAUACAAAUAUGCUGUUUAUACUCAUGUACAAAUUUGGUGUUGUUUUGUGGGCCCUGUGAUCAGUGAAAGUUAGUGCCUUUUUACUGCUUUUUAUGCAUACAUUUUGUCCUUUACUUUACUUUACACAUGACCAGGCCAUGUUGCCCACUGUAAGAAAAGGUAAAAAGUAGAACAAUUAUUUCUCAAUUUGAUUGUGCAACAACAACAAUUGUACAAUACAAAACUUCAAGAGUGUUCAAAAGUAUUCCUUUUUUUUCAAAAUCUGUUUGACAUAGUAGACGUAUAUUAUAAACUAUAGUUUAAAUAAUACAGAGAAUGGUCUCAUCGUGUGUAAAGUAUAGUACAGAGAGUAUUAAUAUGUAACAAUAUAUUGCAUUUAACACCCUUAAAUUGUAUCUUAUAUACACAAUGUACUAGUUUUACUUCAUAAUUUGAUUUUAACCAAUGUUUAAUACUUGAAAUCCAGCUUUAUCAACUUUUACUGAAGGUACAUUUGUUUGGUUGAGAACCGUUUACAGCUGCGAUGCCUGAUAUCAUUAAUGCAGAAUUUAAAAUCUCAGCUUUAAAAGAAAUAUUUACUUUGGAUUGGUUGUAACAAUGUCAAUUAAAUAUUUUAGUAAUAUUGCUUUUUGAUGUUAAAAUCUACCACUUAUUUACAUACAAGUAGAGAUUUUUUUCGAUAUAACUUUCUUUUAUAUGUUUGAUAUAAUUCAUUAUAAAAAAAAAGAGUAAUUUUUUAUGUAGUGGCAAUGUUUUAAUAAGAUAGUAGACAGUCCUCUUUGGUAAAGUCUAUUCUGAUAACUUGGCCCUUUUUCACCUUUUUAUUAUAGGGUGCUGAUGUAAACCUUACUGAACUGUAUGGUCAGUGGUUAAAUUACAAAAAAAUACCAUUCCUAGAAAGAAAAUAUUUUAAAAUAAUACAGUACUUGGUAUAAACAUACUCUUGUAAAUUUUCGAGAAAAUAACUAUUACAUGUAUAACAUACCUCAACUUGGAAGGGAGAAGGAAACAUUUUUCAGGAAGUUCAAUAGAAAAAGAUCUGAUACAUAAAUAUACAAAAAAUUCAUUCACAGAAUGAUUUUUAAAUGCUUGCUGCUAAUUGUGCAAUUAUUUUCAGUAUAAAACUAUGUGUCUAUCAUUACAUUCUAUGCCCUUAUAUGACCUACUACUGCAUUGUAUAUGUUUGUAGUACCCUUUUGUCCCAGUUUAUUUGUGAUUAUGAUUUUGUCACCAUCUUACAUUGAAAUGAUAAUAAAACUGAAAACAAGAAA